AUGAAUUCUAAUUUAGGCACUAUUAUCUAUGAUAACUCUUUUUUUGAAUCUCAAUUGCGUAAUUACUCCAAUAAUUUAAAAAUUGGUCACCUUAAUCUUCAAAGUUUCGCACUAGGUGGUACAUCGACCAAACUCGAUGAAUUGAGAAAUGUUCUAAGUAACAAUUUAUUCGAUGUGGUUGGAAUAACUGAAACCUGGUUAACUGAGUAUAUUUCAUCGAACUCCGUUUAUCUUCCAGGUUAUGUAAUUUGUAGAAAUGAUCGCCCGGGUAUAACAGGUGGUGGCGUUGCCUUAUAUGUAUCUAGGAGUUUAAAAUUUAAUAUUAUCUGCAGAGAAACUAAAUACAAAACUAAUAGGAGAGGUGAUAGGUCUCAUGUGUCUGCCGAAUUUUUGUUUAUUGAAAUAACUGUAUCUGGUCGUAAAAUACUUGUUGGUGUUGUUUAUCUUCCUCACGGUGAUUUAACAUCAAUAGAGGAUAGUAUUACAGAUGUCUUGACUAAAUACAAUGAUAUUGUCAUUAUUGGUGAUUUUAAUAACAAUAUGUUUGAUAUUUCUAGAGCAGUUUCUGUAAGGGAAAUGUGCAGUAGAUUAAACAUGAUCUGUCAUCAUAACUCUCUACCUACUCAUUUGAGCAUAAGAUUUGGUUCAACAUCUUUAAUUGAUUAUUUUCUUAUAUCUCCGUCUAUGAACACCAUUCAAUCAGGACAAGUUCAAAUUCCAGGAACUUCACGUCAUUCAUUUAUAUAUGCAGUUUUUGAUGUAAAAAUACCGAUGGUUAAGGAAUUCAUUGAAUAUUUCGAUUUUAAUGAUGUUGAUUAUUCUCUUUUAGAAUUUAUUUUUAAUUCUUGUGAUUUUGAUAGAAUUUUCUACACCGCUGAUGUUAAUGAGCAAGCCAAUUUAUUAUUCUUAUAUUUAUGUCAAAUGCACAGCGCUGUGCCAUUUAAAAAACGUAAAGUUUGUAGAUUUAGUGAUGACUCGUGGUUUAAUUCCCCUGAGAUCAAAAAUAGUUUGACGAUUAGAAAUGCUUCUUAUCGUUUAUACUUGCGGAAAAGAUCGAAGGAGAAUUGGAAUAACUUCUGCCGCUUAAGAAAUCGGUCAAAAACCAUUAUACGUAAUGCUAAACGCAAAGCACAUGCUACAUUAUUUCAUGAUAAGAACUCUGAACAAAUUUGGAACACACUUCGAGCAAAUGGAAUUGGAGAUACUGUUACUAACAUUGAUAAAGUUGAUGUUGAAAAUUUAAAUUCUUUCUUUUCUUCUAAUCAAGGUUCCUUAGAAUUCAGUUGUCACUGGGAAAGACGUACCAUUUGGAAUAAACCACUAUGA